GUUCCUCCGCCCAUCGUGUACAGCGACAGCGCAACACACCUCGCCACACCGUCCGCUCGGCUUCGCCCUCUAGAUUCGUGUCAGGACCACGUCUGACGGUGACCAGGUGGUGGGCACCUUGGAGUUCGUCGUAGUUGCUCAUCGCAUCGCGGAUGACUGCAUAGUCCAUUGAUGCUGAGAGUGUCCUCUCUGGGCCUCCGUCAUGACAAGUCGCGCUUUUCAUUCUCGUCGCGGCACCGAUGCGUCUCAACAGCGGCCCACCAAACGACGGAGAGUAGCGAUCGACGGCGCUACCCAUCCCUUGGAGAGGAUUCCCUUGCUGUUUCCCCCACAGAGUCUUCCCGCCGACCUUUGUCUUCGGUGUCGCCAGACCUGCCUGACCCUGGCAGUUUUGACCGCCGUGGCAUGCCUCGCCUCGACUUCUCUCCCCGGCCCUUCGCUGCCUCAAACGGAUACCAGACAUACUUGCCAUAUCCGAUGCCAAUGGGUGUACGCGAGAGCAAGACGGCGACCGACCACGGCCCACUGUCUGCUGCGAUCGCUGCCAUUGUAUCAGAGAGCCUACCACACGACUCGUCGUCAACAGAAUCGACCAUGGAUAUGGCAUCUCCACUCAAACCCGCCCAAGAGGCAAGCAGAGAGGAAUUGGAGAAUGUCAUGGACACGACGAGGGAGGUGGAGAAGGCCUGGGAAGCGUUUCAACACCUAUCGGCCAUGCCUCUUCCAGAGGGUCGACGCCUCGUACGUUACUACGCACGUUUGCACCGACUGGCACGGCUCCUGUCGAAAGUCAAGCCACGCACACGCACACUCUUCCUUCGACUAUUCUCAGUCUUGUCGAUGUUACACAAGAAUGGGGGUCAUGUCCACCACUGGGAAUGGACCUUGCUCAUCGACUGUACGGGCAAGGGUCAGCGGAAAGGCCGCCCGCAGGACUACAAGGCGUCCUUGGACGUGUACCGUGAUAUGAUCGAGCAGAAAGCCCCUGGCUCGACUUCCAGCCGCGUUCGGACUGUACGAGACCCACAGGACAAUGGCCGUCCAGUCGUGCAGCCGAAUGUCGUCACGUAUAAUACGCUCCUCAACAUAGCUGGUCGCACCUUCCAGCCCUCGAUCCUGCGUCACGCCCGGGGUGUUUUCGAGGCGUCAGGCAUCCCGCCCGAUCGCAUCACGUAUCUCUCCCUCGUCAGGUAUUACUCCCGAACGAACGACCUCAAUGGUGUCCGUGCAAUCUUGUUGAAGAUGCGCGAGCAAGGGAUGGAGCUCGGGUUGGACGGCAUCAAUGCAUGUAUAUGGGCCUACGGUCGUGCUGGUCGCCUCGAUGUCGCCUCUCUGCUGUAUCGCAUCGUGCGGCACAACCUCGUCCCCGAGGACCAAGUCGGUCAAAACGAUAUUCAAGCCGCAAUUCGCCAGCUUGCGCACAUGGAGGGCCUGGAGGUCCCCGUGACAAUCAAGCCGGACACGGUCACCUACAACAUUCUUAUCCAGUGCUACGCGUAUCGCGGAGACCUCACUCGAUCGCUCGAGGUUUUCAGGGAGAUGAUGGCGGUAAACGAACAGCUACACUCCUUGGGUCAAAGCCUUUCGGACGACGAUCCCUCGCGCACGGACAGAGCACCCUCUAUGCACUCGUUUCGGGCCAUAUUCUAUGGGUUCGUUCGCCAUGGUGGCAAGACCGAUGGGCGUGCCGGCCCUGUGACGCAGCGGGCGACCAGUCAGUGGAGGAUGGAGAACCUGCAGGCGCUGUUCGACAUUUUCAUGAGGCUGCCGCACGAUACGCGUCCUAGCGCGCGGACGUUCUUCUGGAUCUUGACCGCAUUUGACAGGUUGAGUGGGCACGCAGAUUGGAAGCUGCGUCAGGUCUGGGAGAAGUUCACUGAGAAGUUUGGGGACUAUCGUGGCGGCAGGAUGGAGCGAAUUAGAAUGCGAGUCUACGAGAGCAACCAAAAGAGUAGCUAGUACAACCAUUCAUAAUACAUACAGUGUACAGAGAUUCCUAGUUCCAAUGUGUG